UUUGAUUUGUUUAGAGUUUACGGACAGCAAGUAAAUACAUCUUGGCAAUAAACAAAAAUUUCUUGACACACAUUUGUUGGCAAAAAUUAAUCCAAAAAAAAAAUAACCAUAAAAAAGCCAUGUUCUCGUUUACCUUCUGGAGGAACGAGGCGAAGAGAAACCAGCGCGAGAAUGUCUCGCAGAUCUGGAAGGAUUUGAAUGCAACAUUUGUGACUUUCCUCGGUUGGAGCUGGUUGAUUUACACCAUCGCCGUCAUUGUCAUCUCCAUUUGCGGCUACUUCGCCUACUGCGAAAGCUGCCGGAGAACUGAGAUUGUCCGACGGAGACGCGUCGUUCAGCGCGCCCAGGAAAGACCACCGCAGAAGCGACGCCCGAAUGCUGCCUAUCGGGAUCAUCAGAUCUAUCGUCACAUCAUUCUCAGUGUGGCCAAGUAUAUGAAGAAUCCAGAGGGAGUGCGACCGUUCAUCGAUCACAUGGACCAUCUGUAUCCGUUGCGGCACUCGCAGGCCGAAAUGGCGCUAAACAUUGGCCACACUGGCAACGAGUCGAACGGCGCAGAGGAUUGAAUUGGAAAGCUUGUGUCGGCAUUAUUUUCAUAUUUCCUUUUUUUGUUCAAAUUAUCGACAAGCCCGUGCGAGCACACACACAGAGACUGUAAAUUUGAUAGACCCGCCCAUGCCCUUUCACUUUUAAACCGCCAUCGUGUUGAAACGAAAACAAAAUUAAAGACAGACCACAAAAACGUGUG